AAGGCUCAGUGAUAUUUGUCUCGUGUGUUACUGGCGUUGCUGAUGUUGUUGGUGUUUCUUGCGCGAUUGUUUCGCUGUAUUGACAAUUGUGGUUUCUUCUUGGAUUAAGUGUUUCUGAUCCAGCAUGUCUGAACCUCCAGAAAAGGUGGACGUCAGUUCUCUGAAGGACGCAUUCCUGGAAUGUCCUGUGUGUGUGGAACAUUUCAACCAGACAGACCGACGCCCUCGUCUUCUCCAUUCUUGCCUCCAUGCCUUCUGCACACAGUGUCUUCAACAGCUUCUCGACAAGGAGGGCAACGGUGAAAUCACAUGUCCAUUGUGUCGGCGUAUUGAGAAGGUUUCUGGCACUGCUCAGAUGAUGGCCAUUGAUCCAGUGAGAGACCAGCUCGUUGAAUAUUUGCACAUUCAAAAGAAAAAACAGGUUUUGUGCAAAGAUUGCCCAGAUGGAAAUCAUGCUCGGUCAAGAUGUUUUGAAUGUGGGGAAAAUCUUUGCCUCGAUUGCGAAAAUGCACAUAGAAGAAACAGGAGCACAAGAGGUCAUGAGAUAAAGUUGUUGGGUGAGUUACAGGCUGCAUCCUGUGAAUCAUUGAAGGUGCGAACAUUUUGUUGUAAUCAUCCAGAUCGCUUUAUUGAAUGCUUCUGUUCAACAUGCGAGGCGUUGUGCUGUGUGAUGUGCGCCAUCAUAGACCAUAAGGGACAUGAAUUUCAGAAACUAGAUGAUGCAGCAGCAACCAUAAUUAAAAAAAUUGAAGGUUCAAUGAACGAAGUACAAGACAUUUUCAAAAGCCUAAGCAAUGCUAAGUCAGAAAGUGGUGAGUACGUCACAGUUGUGCAACGGGAUAAGGAGAAGUCAAUAUCUGAAAUUAAUCAGAAAUUUGACGCAAUAUCAAAACGUCUGAAACAUCGCAAAGAAACUUUAAUGGGGAGCAUAGAAGAUCAAAGUGAGAGGCUUAUCGCUGCUGCCAAUACAAAUGGAGCUGCAUUUGAUGAAGGGUUGGCAGAAAUUGAAUCAACGAUGACUUACUUCUCAAAUGUAAAGACAAAGGCCGACAACGUUAAUAUUCUACAGAUACAGUCUUCAUUGAGGAAGAAAAUUGAUCACCUAACGCAUAGAUAUGGGGGUAAAGAAAUACCGAAGAACACAGAAAGAUGCCACUUUGAAGCUCAACAUGAGGAAAACAUUCAUCAGGGGAUUGAUGUAUUUGGCGUUGUAAGGAGUAGAGGAGCAGAAGGCCUGAGAAUGACUGAACCUGAACGACCAGCUGUUAAAAAGAAAACACUUGGCGUGGCGUGCAAAGCAAACAAUCAUAUUAUUCAGGAGGACACACUUAAACUAUGGUCCCUAGAUGAGAUCAAUGAUCUCAAAAAGAUUGAACAGGAGUGUGGUGUUUCUAUCACUGCAAACAAAGCCUUAGGACGUAUCAUUCUGUAUGGGUUAAAGCGCAAUGUUACUGAUGCAAGCGGAAAGGUUUACCAGAAGAUUCGAGAGUUGGAGAGGAAGCAUAAGGAAGAGGACUAUGCCGACGAACUACAAAGAGUUGUGCAGUGGUCAUUUGUAGAGCUUACAGAAGAUGGAGAAGACCAAGUUGUUGACUAUGAUAAGAACGUUAAUGUGAUGUUGGAAAGAGCAUGCACCAAACAACAAAAGGCGAAGUUGGAGUAUGAGGGAUUUACCUUUGAUUUCACCAAAUGGGUAGAGUAUCCUUCAGAGGAUGCGACUGACACGGUAACAAUGCUUCGUCGAGAUAAAGUUUCAGGAGCGUCAGCCCAGUUCCCCAGCACAUGGGUUGGCAUGAACUCCACAGAUGAUUUUAGGCUUCUUCAGGUACAAAAUGGGAAUCAGGAAUUUACCAGGGUACGCCAGACGUUUACAGACGCAGUCGGAAAUAUGCCUGUCCAGAUUCAAAGGAUCGACAGAGUGCAAAGCAAGACCCUCUACCAACAGUAUCAAGCCAAGAAACAACAGUUGGAAAAGCAGAACCCUGGAACAACGGUAGAAAGGACGCUGUGGCAUGGAACUCCACAGGCGGCAACCGUGAGCAUCAUGACAUAUGGCUUCAACAGGAGCUUCUGCGAUAAAGACUGUAAUGCCCUUGGGGCAGGAGUUUACUUCACCUCUGAUGCCGCCUAUGCUUCUAGAGACCGCUAUGCCCCGGCCGAUUGUCAGGGCAACCGAUUCAUGUUCCUCUGUAAAGUACUCACAGGAUCAUACACCCAGGGCCAACCUCAAAUACGAACACCACCACAAAAGGACCCUGUUAAGCAAGAACUGUACGACAGUGUUGUAGAUGAUCCAGCAAAUCCAAAGAUCUUUGUCGUAUUCAGUGAUACGCAGGCAUACCCUAAGUAUCUUAUUUCAUUCCAGUAACAAUGUGUUUAGGAACUGAUUUGGCAUGUCACUAGAAAAAUGGGUAUUUACCAGCGUGAAUCUUGUUAUUUUGAACUUGCAAUAGUAAUUCGGGAUCAAUAUCAUCCUUUCCUAAUUGUUUCGUCAGUACUCAAUGAGAGUCAUUUCAGUAUUGUGUAUGUCUUAAUUUUAGCGCUAGCCUCUCUCAGGAACUAGCACUUGUAAAUGAUUUAUUGAAUAAUGCAACUUUUGCUUUUAAUAUCUGUUGCAGUAGUAAGUGUAUAAUUAUAUCAGUGUUUGUGGCUUGUAUAUUUUGAACUGGUAAGUACUUUCACAUUUGGUAAUAGUAAACACGAUUUGCUUGCUUUUGAAUUCCAUGUGAAGUGUCCGAAAACACUCACUACAUUUGGUCAUAAUACCCUGUGAAGAAAGAUUCAAAUGCAUGGUAGUGCACCAGAAAGGUUUAGAAUUGUAUGAAAACUAGCUCAUUCAAGAUGAUGACGUUUUGACUGUGAUAAGAAAGACUAUGUAGCGUUAGAAGGUAACUUGGUUUAGGGAAAGUUAUGCCAUUACCUAUUAGCUGUCCAUAUCAUGUAAACAUUAAUAGGUUAAUGCUUAAACAGAUUUCUUUAGUUACUUCCAAACUUCUGAAGCUUGUACACCCUAAUGCCAGAUGCUACUAGCAGGGAAGGACAUGCUUUCCCUUUCAGCGAACACCUGAUGCCAUCAGGUUCAGUGAUCCAAUUUUGCCUUCCAAGUGUUAACGUUUUAUGUUUAGUUCUGUCUUCUUAGGCCCAGGUAUUUGCUUAAUAACAGUUCAUAGAUAAAUCAUAACAAGAUCUUUAAUAUCUACUUCCACCAUAGGAUGCUAUUCAUUUUUCUGAUAUUUGUAAUGUUUUAUUCAUGUAUGGGAGGCCACAGGCCAAUGUACAUUUCAGCUGUAAAGUAAAUAAAUUUUCAGUUUUGCUGUAUUCCCUUCGAAAUCCGCCCUGAGCUUCAGGAAUUGUGUCAUAAACUUCUUCUGUUAUCAGCAACGUUCCAAAUACAUCCAUCAUCGUUAUUCCUGUAGAAUUAUAAAUAUCAUUUAUAUUAUUUUUCUGAUGCAGAGGAAUUAUUAUACCAUUUGCCCACUCAUGUGUGAACACACCGUUAUGCAUUAUCCUAAAUACAACUAUAGUUGAGCAAUUGCAAAGAAAUGCUGCAACAUUUCAUAUCGGUCCUGCCGAUUUGCCCAAUUUAAAGUUGUGUGCGGCUUAUAAUACGUCUUCAGUUAUAUCAGGGUUCAGGAGAUUUUUCACAACACGAUCGUUACAGAAGUCACACUCUUCAGUAUCAUGUUUGUUCAAUAAACCUGCUCUCUCGUGAAGAGUGCCACCAUCCACAGGUACAGCAGUUAACUUAAACACAUGCCGAAAACAUUCGGGCCACUGCACAUUGGGUCAGACCCAUUAGGCUUCAAGAUAUAUAGUUUGAGACAAUUUCCGAGCUGUAUCAGCUUUCAACAUUUCCACGUUAUAUACAAGUAUUCAGUCAAAAAUACCGGUACUGUUAUCUUUCAAAGAAUUGUAAAACUCUUCAGCCAGUUGUGUAGAUUAAAUUAAAGCGACAAAACCAUGUCCAUAAUCACAUGAACUCUCUCCUAAUCCAUUGCACGAUUCCUGAUUAGUAAGCAUGUUCAUAUGAACAACUAUCAACUUGUGAUGACACUAGGUGUUCGCGAAAAGUUGAGCAAGAUUUGUGUGACAUCUUUGAAAUCUUCGUCGACUGUUCGGGGGUUCUUGUGAUAUUGUGGAUAUUAUCCCGACUUGGCUCUUUAUCCAUCCAUGGGCAGAUAUAUGAGAUGUCUCUCAUUCCAUUGAAAGGAAAAGCAAUGUAGAAAUGCCGGUAUGACAGUCUGUAAUGACUUUACAGAAUUUUACUGAAGUUUACUGGAGUCGAAACCCAUGUUGUGAAGUAGUACUUCCCAUGUUGCAUCAAUAUAAUAUAUUUCUUGAUUACUGUGUUUGACAUAAAGAUGAUGUUUAAUGAGUUAAGUGUAAUGGUAAUAUACAAUAAUAUACCAUAAAUUUCUAUUAUAUAAACACAAGAAUAAAUUGGAAAAAUGACCGAU